CACCCUAUGCGUCACUGGCCAAACUUCUCUAUUUCCUGGUCAAUCAUUCACCACUGCGCACUCUACUGACAGCAGCUUUGCAAGGGUUAUCUUUGGACUUACAAACUGUUUGCUGACCCAAAGGGGUGGUGCUGGGAAGAGAAACCGCUCUGGGGAGGCAGGAAAGGUCUCCUGCUUUGCUUUUCUUUCUGCCUCUGUCCCCAGAGACCCAAGGACCACAUUAUGAUCCAGCAACAACUGAGACAGCUGCUACCAGAGAGGGAGGUGAACCCUUCAGCUGCCCUCGCCCUGCUCGGUGGCUCGGUGGCGGCCGUGGUGGUCUGGAAAUGGCUGGGCAAGAGGCAGAUCCAGAAGAAAAUGGAAGAGGCUCGGAGGACCCGGGAUGAGGGUUUGAAGAAAAUGGCAGAGGCUGUCCAGCAGUUCAGGGAGCAGGUCCCCAGUGCCCAGACAGAUGCCAUUCUGUCCCUGCCUCUGCUGGAACUCAGCAAGAAACUGCAGGAAGGGUCUCUGUCCCCCAAGACAGUCCUCUACACCUACUUAGAGAAGGCCCUGGAAGUGACCCAGCAGACAAACUGCUUGCGACAUUUUAUCCCAGAGUGUGAGGAGCAGCUCCAGGAAAUACAACGGCGGGGGGAGAAAGGGCUGCUCUACGGCAUCCCUGUCAGCAUCAAGGAUCACAUCGGCCAUAAGGGACAUCUCGCAACCUGUGGGCUUGUUCAAUGUCUGGGCACCCCGAUGCAGGAAGAUAGUGUCCUAGUCAAAGUUUUGAAGAGACAGGGGGCCAUCCCGUUCGCAAUGACCAAUGUGCCACAAUCCCUCUUCAGCUACGACUGCAGCAAUCCCAUCUUUGGCCAGACCCUGAACCCCCUCAACCACCAGAAGAGCCCCGGGGGCUCCUCGGGAGGGGAGGGAGCUCUGAUCGCAGGUGGAGGCUCCAUCCUGGGCAUCGGCUCGGACCUUGGUGGCAGCAUCCGCCUGCCCUCCAGCUUCUGCGGGUUGUGUGGGCUCAAACCCACAGCUGACAGGCUCAGCCUGACCGGAAUGACUGGCCCAGUCAGUGGGAUCACAGCAAUUCCUUGUGCGCUGGGGCCGAUGGCAAGGGACGUGGACAGCCUGGCCCUGUGCAUGAAGGCUCUGCUCUGCCAGGAGAUGUUCCGCCUGGACCCCACCGUGCCCCCCAUCCCCUUCAAUGAGGAGGUGUACUCCAGCUCUGCUCCCCUGCGGGUCGGGUACUUCGACACGGACGGCUACUUCCCGCUGCCCCCCUGCAUGCGACGGGCGGUGCAGGAGACCCGGGAGGCUCUGCAGGCGGCCGGGCACCAGCUGGUACCAUUUUCUCCACCUCGGAUCCAUUAUGUCAUGAAACUGUUUAUGAAGACCUUUUUUGCUGAUGGAGGCCAUGCUUGGUUGGAUGUGUUCACAGGAAAUAUUGUAGAUCCCACUUUGAAAUCACAGGUGAAUUCCUGCAAGAUCCCAAGGCUGGGGAAGAAGCUGCUGGCUCUAAUUCUUAAACCUCUGUUUCCCUGCCUGGCUGACUACCUGAGCAGCUUGUGUGGAAUGAGGUCAGUGAAGGAGAUGUGGAAUCAUAACCAUGAAAUACAGGUGUACCGUGCUGAGUUCAUCGCCCGGUGGAUGGAACUCCAGCUGGACGUUGUGCUGUGCCCUGUCCUGGGACCUGCCUUCAACCCAGGAUAUGCUGGGAAACUCUUGAAUGCCGUCUCCUCCACGAUGCUGUACAACUUCUUGAACUUCCCCGCUGGGGUUGUACCCGUCAGCACGGUGACAGAAGCUGAUGAGGAAGAGCUAAAGCUUUACCGAGGGUGCUGCAAUGACCCUUGGGACCAGACACUGAAACAGGCUGUGACAGGAGCCGUGGGGCUGCCCGUGGCCGUGCAGUGCGUGGCCUUGCCGUGGCAGGAGGAGCUGUGCCUCCGCUUCAUGAAGGAGGUGGAGACCCUCAGCCGUCGGAGGAGAGCCACGUAGCGUCCACGGUCCCACGCCUGCAGGGCUGGGGGAGAAAGGGACAGCGCUGCAGGAUUUCUCUUUUGCAAUCGGAAGCACAAAGAUGAUGGCGAGGAGAGAAGGAGGAAGGAAAAGCCAUUUCUUGCCCACGCUCCUCGCCAAUGAGCACAGAUCCUGUACAGAAUCGAGAUGCCAUGAAGACAGCACAACCGGCUUCAGUUCGGUUCAAAUGCUGAUAAAUCUAUGAACUGCACCUUCCUGUAAGGAUGGACAUAUGGACUAGGGGGGGUUCACUUUCAUUUUCGUCUAUGCUGCCUCUUGCGGCAGCAGAGUGAUGCUGAGAGAAAAGAAUUACAGCAGCUCAAUGGUAUUUUCUUGCUGGCAUUGGAGUAACUUCAUAUGGAUGUAACUAUGGGCUGCCCUGCAAGGAAUACAGCCACAUCUACCCUCCCCAUUGCUGUAUUUUGCUCAUAAAAAUAAAAAUGUAGCUAUUAAGCACCUCCAGUAA